CCACUAUCACCAGCUCUACUAGUUGCACGUAUAGGAGGCUCGUGGGGCCCUCGCAUCGGUACCCGUAUACUGACAGGCGGCCCGCUAAAGCUGGCAUCGCGACUCGUGCGGCGGCGGCGGCAGUAGCACCCUUCUACUGGAUUUACACUAUCAUCAAAACGGUGGUCACCACCACCGUCACCACUGUUACUGAAACGUUAACACCGAACCACGUGAGCGAGAGCGCCAAGUAUAGCGCUGGUAGCUACAAGGAAAAGGCGACGAAGCGACGCUGGUGGCCCUGGCUAUUACUACUCCUUCUGCCCGCCGUGGGAUAUGGAUCGCACUAUACGUAUGAGAACUGGGAUGACCUAGCCAUGCCCAACUUUACCGAUUUCCAACUAGAUCUCUCAGAGUUCUCUGCUAUAGACCUGCCCAAGAUCUCUUUGCCCAACAUCACUCUAUCCGACCUGAAUAUUCUGCCAGAUAUAAACCUCCCAGAGAUAAACAUAACUCUGCCUGAUAUCAGAGACAACCUGCCAGAGAUUAAGUCCUACACAGAGUACAAAGAUAUAGUACAGAAUAGAGUGGCCGACGCGUCUGACUAUAUGAGAGUGGUGGCAGAGAGUUGCUAUGAAGAGAUGCGUCGCUUCUGGCGCGGUGUGCUCGGAUGACUAUAGCAUAUCUAUGUAUUGAAACUUAUGUUUGCAUUUAGGAAAUUAAAAGCGAACUCUGUAUUCAUAAACAGGUGAUAUUAUGAUGUAAAACAAUUAUGUACUAAAUAUAGGACGUGUCGUAUAGUUAACUGGUUUUAAACAAAUCAAAUUGCUGGUAAAAACAAUUUUGGAUUUAUUUGUUCUCUUUAUUUAAUUUGAUGAAUAUUUGUCUUUUAAUGAACGUUUAUGGAUACUUUGAAGAUAGUUUCAGUGCGCAAUACUCUGUGAUAACAUUAUUUAUUCAUUUUGCACAAGAUUUGUAAUACACAGUCACAUUGACAUUAUUUAUUAAUAUAAUUUUCUGAAUGCGAACAUUUUAUUUGAUAUGUACUUAAUAAGAAUAUUUAUAAUUGAUAAUUAAGAUAUAAAUUAUGUGUUUUGUUGGAUAGUCAACGAAUUUUAUAAACUAGAUAUAGGAACACCCGGAUGCGAUGCUAUUAUUGAUGAAGAAAUCAAUAUCAAUAUUAUCAAUAAACACUUUCAAAAUUUUCAAUUCGAAGUUGCAAACAUGGUUUUCUUGCAUAAAUAAAACCUUGGAGCAACUAUAAAGUAAUAAAAUGGGAAAUGAUAAAAAGGGCAGUUUGAAAUAUGUAUUUAAGAUUAUAGCUGUUAUAAUUCCAAAAGAAACCUAUUUUACUAGCAUCGUGUCCAGGUGCUAGAUAUUUUAAAAUAUAAUUUAAUGUGUAAUUAAUACAGGGUGUAAAAACUAGUUGUGUUUAUCAACCAAUAUUAAUCUUAAUAACAAUUAUAACAUCGAUUUGUGCCUUUACCAGCCUGUCUUUUACACCCUGUAUAGUCUUCGUAAGAUUCAUGAUUGUCACCAGUAUUUUAUUUAUUUAUUUAUUUUCGUUAAUUCAUUCCGUAAUUCAGAGAUACCUUUAUGAUUAAUUUGUAUAAUUUUAUUUGUUUCUCUAUACUAAUGCUUUAAUAAUGUUAUCCUUUAUUGGAUAUGCAGAUUUUAUCGAUGUACCUUAAUCAUGCCGUGGCCAUAUAUUGGAGUUUUAUUAGCUUUAAGUUCUACUAAAUUAGUCUUUUAAAUUUUGGUACAAAUAUUCUAACUGUAGCUAUAAUUUGGUUCUAUUAAUACAUUUAAAGACUAACCCCUAGUCAUAUCAUGAUGUUAAAUUUUUUAAAUACUAAUGCAGCCAAGUUUUGAGUGCUCAAUUGGCAUCUAUUCUAUUAUGUUUUUUAUUGUUUGUAUUCAAAAUUUAAUUAAGGAGGGAAAAUUCGUUGAGCGAAAUAAUUGUUUCUCAAGUGAAUUAUUUCGCGAACCCCAUUCAAUAGGCACCUGAAAUUAGGUUUAUGCUAAAGAGUUAGGCAGAUUAUCACAAAACUUUUAGAAAUAAUACUUGCUGUUUGUUGAGCAAGCAUUCUUGCUGAAGUUCACGUAAACUAAAAUUAGCAAACCCUAAGAACCUUCCUUUACCCAAACCUUUUUGUAUUAAAGACUGAUGCUUUUGAUCAAAAUUAGUAGUCAUCAUAUUAUUUGUAAACCCAAAGAUACGUAAAUAUUGGCCAGUGAGAAGAUAAAUAAAUUGUAAGUUUCAAAAUUUUAUUAGUCAAAAUUUUGUGAAGCAAGUGUUUGUUCAUUCAAAGAUGAUGUGUUCAAAUUAUCUUGAUUUUUCAUGUUUCAAUUUUCAUUAUAAUGUAAUUUAAAUUGUCACAAUUAUAAUUCUAAUGCUUUAUAUUUAUUUUUAACGUGAAUGUUUAAUGUCGGGUUUUGGCUUAGUGAAGUAAUUCUAGGUUGAAGUUAAAUUUUUCAGCAAUAAUAUUUACAUCAAAGUGUUCAGCAAUCUGUAUUUUUUGUUCAUUUAUUAGACGUGAGUUUUUCAAGUCUUGGGUCGUGAAUAGAAAGGUGAUUAGAGUUGAAUGUCAUAUAAUUUAUUAUGUAACUGCGCAAACACACUAUCUUUGUGAUAAUGAUUUUCAUUGCUGAGAAAUGUAUCUCAACCUGUAGUUUUUGUUACACCCUAUAUGUCAAGAAUUUAAUUUAUUUUUGUGCUAUUAAUGUGGGCUAUAUUUUGAUUUAAUUAUACUUUUAUAUGCAACGCUUGUUUCUCUUAUCCGUUCCCACAUAAUUCUUCCCUGUAGCGAAACCUGUUGUUGUAUCUUGAUAAUCGGGGAAGGAUAGAGGUCAGACAUCACCUAUAAGAAAGUGGACGUACUGCGGACGCUACACUUUUAGGUUACAACUACUCGGACCAAAUAUGGCCUAAAGAAGAGACCGUAAUAGAAAGCACAUACAAAUCCCCUCAGAUAUCUCACGAUCCGGACUUAAGUAGGCGAAUGGCUGCCCUUGAAGACUGGGCGCUAAACGUCGACACAAAACUGAAGACCUUCGACCAAAGACUGUCCAAGUUUGACAACCUAGAGGCGCAAAUUGAGAACUACUCAUUCCGGCACUUGCAGCAGAAUUUGAUCCAGAUUUUGAGCACGAAUGACAACACUGAGAUUUUAGCCGCAAAAUUGAAAGCCCAAUUCGACCGGGAUUAUGUAACUAAAGAACAGAUGCAAACAAUGAGUCAAGAGAUCCACGAGCGAUUAAUCACUUCGUGGAAGCCAGAUUUGGACGAGGAUAAGAUACGGCGGUUGAUCCAGGAGUAUUUGGUUGUGUUCGAGCGGCAACAGAUGGCGCUAUUGGCGGAGAAAGUUCGGGAAUACGUGAAGGAGGUGGAAGUACAUCAUCAUCAUUCGGGAGGCAGCUUCGACGCGGAGGCUGUGAAGAAGAUAGUGGCGGCCAUGCUUAAUGUUUACGACGCGGACAAAACUGGCCUGGUGGAUUAUGCGUUGGAGUCUGCAGGCGGGCAAGUGAUCUCGACCAAGUGUACCGAGCUAUACCAGAUCAAGACGAAGCAAUACUCGGUGCUAGGGCUGCCGGUGUGGUGGGUGUACACGUCGCCGCGGUUCGCGCUGACUCCCGGCGCCAUGCCCGCCGAGUGCUGGGCCUUCCAGGGCUUCCCGGGGUACCUGGUGAUCCGCACGUACGCCAUCAUCGAAGUGACGGGCUUCUCGCUGGAGCACAUGUCGCGCCUGCUCGCUGUCGACGGCAAGAUCGAGUCCGCGCCCAAGAACUUCUCAGUAUACGGUCUCCACGGCGAAAUGGAUCCGGAGCCCCACUUAUUCGGCGACUACAUGUAUGACGCAAACGGCACGGCCAUACAAUACUUCCCCGUUAAGUACCCCAAGACAACAAACAUUGGCGGCAACGAGUACCCAGUGGCCUUCGAUAUUGUGGAGCUCAGGGUGGAAAGCAACCACGGCAACCCCACAUACACCUGCGUCUACAGAUUCAGGGUUCACGGGAACCCGUUGUCAGACAUCAGAAUGGCCACCGAUGACAGCAUCAAGGACAGUGAGACGUAGCCAACAAUUGGACAUUAGGGAAUUAUUUUUAAUGUGAUGCAAUCACCACUUUUGAUACGGUUCUAUCGUGUUGAUCGUUGAUCUUUAGAUUUAAAAUUUUUGAGUAAUUUAGAUUUGUGAGAAACAAAAUUUGCCAGGCGAAUUGAUGUCUAAUGAAAGGACCUAAAACUGUUUAUAUGAGUGAUGUGUAAAAUAUCAAAAGUGGUGACGAUACAAUCGAAUACGUGUAUUGAACAUAGUGCAGUGCGCGUUAUCAAUCUCGGAAAACGUCCAACGUGUGUUCAAUUAUGUAGUUACUGACUUGAAUAGUUGUCAUUCUAGGUUUAACAGAGUGGCCUUACAUCAGUAACCGGUAUAUCUUUAGUAAUAAAGUCCAAAGUACAAAAUCUGUUUGUUAAGUACUGACUUAUCAUUAUGUGCUUAUGGUUCCAGCGAAUUUUAUGUGUUUAAAAUCUCUUAUAUGACCGCACAAAGACCGUUUCUAUACGCUUAGUUAUUCUGAAUUUCUUUUACCGAUAUUUAUACAUAGUUUUAUAAUCUAUUUUAAGUUAUAUUAUAAGACUUAUAAUAUUAAUGUAUACCUACAUGGAUCAAAAACUAAAUAAUGUUUUAUAAAUAUUUUCAGCUGAUUCGUAUUUAUUAUUUAUGUUUGUAAGUAAGGACAUAGUAACUUAUUUGUGACUUUAAAUCAUAUAAGGCAGCUAUGUUUCUUUACAAAGUUUAUGUACACAGUUUAGUUAUUUCUAGAAAGUUAUAUGAGACAAUAAUCAAAAUUAUGAUAAAGAAACAGCCUAAAUUAGUAUUAAGUUCCUUUCGCGUUAUUUUAAUUAGGUCGUGUGUAAUUUCAGCUAGAUCCAUGUUAGACUAUGAUUAAUUUGAACUAGGUUUAAUGAAGGAGCUAGUCCAGUUAGAGGUUAAUAAAUUUUAUGCCAACGUAAAUAAGUGUUUUCAGUUGUAAGUUUCGUGUCUCAAAGAACUAACUUAGUAUGUAGUAAAAACCCAACGUCUAUUAACGUUUGAGGAUCUUAUUAGUUUAGUCUUAUUUAGUUUGUAACCUUCGGCUUAUUGUACAAAAACUCAUUCCGAAUCCUAUUCUAUAUUGGUUCUAAUAUAUCCUAAUAUUUGGUUUCAAAGAACCAGGCAACAAGUUUUGUCCUGAGUCAUACAGUUCCACAGACGAAUAAUGUAAAAUCAAAAGUUACGGCUAAGUACUUGAGAAAUGACUUGUAAUGCAUUAACUUUAUCAUGAUGUAAUAUUUUUAAAUUGCAUCUGUACAUACACACAGCACGGGUACCCAUAAUAUCAGUAGUGUAUGCAAAAAGUGAGGUAACAAUAUAUCUUGCAAUGUUGUACAAUAUCGCAAACACGGAAAAUUGUUCACAAGUGGAUGCUUUAGUGUUCUUACUGAUGCAUUUCGGUAGAAUCUCGUCUUAACUGUUCCUCUGACCGUAUUCAAAAGGUGCUGCGCCGGAAAAAACUAAAAUAUUUGUCUGUUUUAUUAGAUCCUCGGAAUUGAAAUUAAGUUAAGAUAGGUAGUCGUUGAUAUUACACGAUAUUCAUUACUUUUAGAAGUUACCACUAACACUUUCUGAAAGCACACUUAUAACACUUUAUAGCACUUUGUAACAAGCGAAAUUUUAUAUUUUGGAUGUCGCCCGACCCAAUAUUCAACCUUGUUUCCACUAAUCAGUAUUGAUGAAUCUGAUAUCAAACUUCUAUAAAUAUUUAAUUAAAAAUUAGGAUCUAUUGAUGGUUCGGCCUUUUUUGGUUUGAAAAAUAUUAAUAAAACAACUCAUUUUUAUAAUAACCCAGUGAACUCAUGAGUUAGCUACUUAAAUUGCAUAGUAAUACUUGCUCCGGGUGGCGUAAUGCAAUUUAUUUACCAAAUAUAAUAUUCUUCGUAUCUAUUUAUUGUUUUUGUCGAAUAUUUAUGGAACUUUUAGCAAGAAGAAUUUGUAUGUUUUAAUAUAAAUGUGAAACUAAAAACACGGUAAUUAAUGUGUACUGUUUUAUUGUAAAUUCACAUUCACAAUGACUGUUCUGUAAUAAUAUUUUAUUAAAAAAUUGUGGUUCCUUUUUCAUGAAUUUACUAACAGAACUUUUUAAAAUCUUUGUUAUUUAUUAUGCACAGAUUUUUUUAACUAACUUUCAUUUGUCUGCUUUUAACUGUGGGA